AUGGCCGGCGGAGCGAAAAAACCGGUGAACAUCUUUCGCCUCAAAAACUUGGGUGAACCCAAGGAGGUCUUUAAUUGGAGGCUAUGGUUUGCGGUCAUUUCAUUCGGUCUGAUGGGCGCCGCCCGAGGUGUUGAUGAGGGCUUAAUCUCAGGCGCCUUCAAUUCCAAGGAUUUCCAGAACUACAUCCACUACGAGUCAUAUAGCAAAGUUGAACAGACCAACAUCAAGGGAAAUGUUACCGCUAUGGUCCAAAUAGGAUCUAUUGGCGGAGCUCUUUUUGCGUUCUUAGUCUGUGAUCGUAUUGGUCGUAUCUGGGCAACUCGUGAACUUUGUCUUAUAUGGCUUGCGGGAAUCGCUAUUUUCAUGGGUAAUGGCGGUAGCCUAGGUGCUGUCUAUGCUGGUCGUUUUAUUGCUGGACUUGGUGUUGGUCAGACAGUCGUGGUAGCCCCUGUGUAUCUUGCAGAAAUUGCACCUUCUUCGAUUCGUGGUCUAUGUACCUGUAUCUUUACUGGCUUUGUCUAUCUGGGCAUCGUACUUGCUUAUUUUGCAAACUAUGGCUGCCAGGUCCAUCUCGGCGAUAAUACUCACAACCGAUGGCUUGUUCCCACAAGUCUCCAUAUCAUGUUCGCAGGCCUCAUUUUUCUCUUAUCUUUCCUUCAGUGUGAAUCACCACGGUACCUAGUCAAGCGCGGCCAGAUUGAAAAGGCUAUUGCAACCCUUUCAAAAGUCCGCGGUUUACCUUUUGAUCAUGAAUAUAUCGUACACGAGAUUGGCCUUAUUGAGGCAACGCAUCAUGCUGAAAUGGAAGCUACGAUGGGUUCUGGGGCUGUCGGAAUUCUCAAGGAAGCCUUCUUGGUUCCAUCAAACCUAUAUCGAGUCUACCUCGCCUUUAUGGCUCAAAUCUUAGCUCAGUGGUCUGGGGCUGGGAGUAUUACUAUAUACGCUCCGGACCUUUUUAAAUUACUCGGAAUUACAGGGAAUAACGAGAGCUUGCUAGUCAGUGCUGUUUUCGGAAUCAUUAAGUUGAUCGCCGCAGUUCUCUGUGCUCUCUUCUUGGUCGAUGUCAUUGGACGCAAGCGAGCCCUCUUGGUCGGUAUCGGCCUUCAAGCUAUCUCUAUGAUUUAUAUUGCUGGGUUCUUAACUGCCGUCCCCAAAAUGGGUGUAGUCGAUGGCUUCCAGCUACCAGUCACACAGAAGGGCGCUAGCGAAGGAGCAGUCGUAAUGAUCUACCUUUCUGGGUUUGGAUGGGCUCUAGGUUGGAAUUCCAUGCAGUAUCUUCUGACGGCAGAGUUGUUCCCCCUCCGCAUUCGUGCUCUUUGCACUUCUAUGGCCAUGACUCUGCAUUUCGCCAAUCAAUAUGGCAAUUCGCGUGCAGUGCCCAACAUGCUCCUUCCCGUGAGCCAGGGUGGAAUUGAUCCUAAGGGUACAUUUUGGUGCUUUGCCGCCAUAACCAUUCUUGGAGGCGUUUGGGUUUGGUUCAGUAUUCCGGAGACCGCUGGCCGCUCGUUAGAGAGCAUGGACCAGCUCUUUGCCCUCCCAUGGUACAAGAUAGGAAGGUUUGGUAAUAAGGAUGCGGAGGAGCGUGACCGAUCGGUGGAUUGCAAAAUGGAGAUGGCGGUGCAAUCUUAUGGCACGUCUGAGCAUAUUGAAGGAAACAUUGGUUCAAGGAAUGUUUGA